UCGUCGUGAUCAUGAUCCUGAUCGAAAUGGUUGAAUAGGUAAAUAAAGGAUUCUGUUUUACAAGGAGGAAGAAAGGAAAAUAGGAGAAAAACGUAGAGGGAAAAAGAGGAAGGAAGUGGAAAUGAAGGGUGUUGGUGGUGGUUCACUUCCUGCGAAGAGGGCUUGGAGAGGUCUUGGAGUGGCAGUGCUUGGCCUCGUUAUCCUCUCUAUGCUCGUCCCCCUCGUCUUUCUGCUUGGUCUCCACAACGGCUUUAACUCCACUGGAUAUGUGACCGAUGACCGAAGUCCGCCCUCAGGCUUUGGAAGACAUGAUCAGUUGGGCCUCAGUAAGACUCACAAUCAAUCAGAGGCAAAUCAAUCAGCACAUCUGGGUGAUAUUAUGAGAAGAUUGGGGCCAGCCCUUUCAAAGGACAUUGGAAAUCACAUCAAGGAAGCUGAGGAUGAAACCAAUAGCAGGGGUUCCACACAAGUCACUGCAAUUGGAAAGAAUGGUUUGCCUGCAUCUCCAGAGAUUGUGCUGAAACAACCUCCUGACGCAAAAAACAGGAAGUUUGAUGGUUCAGUUGAAGCCACUGAGUAUGUGAAAGGGGUUAUAGCUGCUGAAAGUGAAAAAUCAUGUCAACAGGAAUUUGGAAGCUACUGCAUUUGGUCUCAAGAGCAUAAGCAAGAAAUGAAUGAUUCUGUUGUGAAGAAAAUGAAGGACCAGCUUUUUGUUGCAAGAGCUUACUAUCCUAGUGUUGCAAAACUUCCAGCUCAUGACACGCUAUCACGUGGGUUGAAAGAAAACAUUCAAGAGUUUGAGCAUGUUCUUAGUGAAACCACUACAGAUGCAGAUCUUCCACCUUACAUUAGGAAGAGGUUACAGAAGAUGGAAAGUACAAUAACGAAGGCAAAAGCAAUUGUUGUGGAUUGCAAUAAUGUUGAUAAAAAAUUGAGACAGAUACUUGAUCUGGCCGAGGACGAAGCCCACUUCCACAUGAAGCAGAGUGCUUUCCUCUAUCAUCUUGCGGCCCAGACCAUGCCUAAGAGUCACCACUGCCUGUCAAUGAGAUUGACUGUUGAACACCUUAGAUCUCCCUCGCUUGAUAAGGAUUUCUCAGCGGCUGAGAAAUAUGUAAAUCCAGCAUUGCAUCACUAUGUGAUUUUAUCCAACAACAUACUUGCUUCAUCCGUUGUUAUCAACUCAACCGUGAUGCAGGCAAAUGAAAGCAAGAGUAAGGUUUUUCAUGUUCUGACAGAUGGGCAGAAUUACUAUGCCAUGAAGCUUUGGUUUUCCAGAAAUUUUUAUAAGGAGGCUACCAUUCGUGUUCUGAACAUUGAAGAUCUUAAUCUACACAACCAUGAUACUCCACUGCUUCAUCUAUCUUUGCCUGAGGAAUUCCGUAUUUCCUUCCGGAGUGAUAGUAAAUCUCUAAAAACCCAGCUGAGAACUGCAUAUAUCUCAGUUUUUGGCCAUUCACAUUUUCUUCUUCCUGAAAUAUUCAAGAAUCUGAAGAAAGUGGUAGUUUUGGAUGAUGAUGUUGUUGUCCAGCGAGAUUUAUCCCCAUUAUGGAGCCUUGAUAUGGAAGGGAAGGUAAAUGGUGCUGUCCAGUUUUGUACAGUGAGAUUGGGUCAGCUGAAACAAGCUUUGGGUGAGAAAAGUUUUGACAGAAAUUCUUGCACGUGGUUGUCUGGACUGAAUAUAAUUGAUCUGGUGAGAUGGAGGGAGCUGAAUCUUACUGAAAUCUACCGAAGGCUGCUCCAAGAUCAGCAGCACAGCAUCAAGGAGGAAUCACUGAGAGCUCAAUUGUUGCCUGCAAGUUUGCUCACAUUCCAGAACCUGGUUUAUCCUCUGGAUGGUUCAUGGGCUUUGUCAGGGCUGGGUCAUGAUUACAACAUUGAUUCCCAAGCCAUUAGGAAUGCUGCAGUGUUGCAUUACAAUGGGAACAUGAAACCGUGGCUUGACCUGGGGAUUCCAAAAUAUAAAAGACACUGGAAGAAGUUUCUGAAACGAGAAGAUCAGUUCAUGGGUGAAUGCAAUGUGAACCCAUAGUAGAAAUUUCAUCUGAGUAGUGCUGUCACCCAGAAUCGGG